AUAACUCGCUUCAGAAGACUGGCGAAACCUUUGGCCUCUCUACCCGUUAGGGCUCCUACCACAACUCUCUCUCUCCCCUCUCCUCUCCUCUCUAAGAAGCCGCACGGAGAAACCUUCAAUGGCGGUUAUCGAUCGGUAACUCGGUUUGGUCAAUGAUUUGAUUGUGGAAUCCUAGGAAUAGAGUUUGUCGGGAGUGAGGAUUUGGAUUUAGAUUCGGGAUUGGUACGGUUCCGAUUGGAGAAAUGGAAACCGUGGCAAUCAGAUCGGAACGUCGAGGGAGAAAAAGGAGAAGGCAUGAUGUGCAAAAUGGUGUGGCCAAUCGGCAAGUGAAGAAGCAGGCGAUUGGGAUAAUGUUAAGGGCAUUGGUUGGUAGAUAUGUGAUGAAAGAGUUUGGGGGUAAUGGUAUUUUUCUUGGGAAGGUUGUGCAUUAUGAUACUGGGUUAUAUAGAGUCGAGUACGAAGAUGGGGAUUGUGAGGAUCUGGAGAGCGCAGAAGUGACGGAGAUUCUUUUUGAAGAUGGUGAUAUUGGCGAUGAUUUAAAGUUGAGGAAGAAGAAGUUGGAUGAAUUAUUGGCAAAGAAAGACGUGAAGGAUAAUGGUAAGGUGGAGGGUAUUGCAAACGUUUCGGUGAAUGUUGCGGACAGGGUUGAAGCAUCUUCACUGCGUGAGAGGGUUGAAGCAUCUUCACCGAGUGGGUUAAGCAAUGAUGAUGGUGAUAGUGACAAUGGGGAUGAUGCUGAUUCAUCUAGUGAUUCCUGUGAGCAUGCUAGGCAUCAAGAUUCCAGCUCGGAGGUUAGUGCUCCAGUAGUCCCGCCACCAGAAUUGCCUCCAUCUUCGGGCAGUAUUGGUGUUCCGGAGGAGUAUGUUUCACACCUUUUCUCUGUAUAUGGUUUCUUGCGCUCAUUUAGUAUCCAGCUGUUUCUGACCCCCUUCGAACUUGAUGAUUUUGUGGGAUCUCUGAACGGUCAUGUCCCAAACACUUUGUUGGAUGCCAUUCAUCUUGCUCUCAUGCGUGCAUUGAGGCGUCAUCUUCAAAUGCUCUCUUCAGAUGGUUCCGACUCGGCUUCAAAAUGUCUGAGGCUUGCGGACUGGAACUUGCUUGAUACAUUGACUUGGCCAGCUUAUUUGGUUCGAUAUUUAAUGGUGAUGGGAUAUGCAAAUGGACCUGAGUGGAAAGGAUUUUACACUGAUGUUUUAGAGAAAGAUUAUUACACGUUAUCUGCGGCCAGGAAGUUGAUGGUUUUGCAAAUACUGUGCAAUGAUGUUUUGGAUUCUGAAGAGCUAAGAGCAGAAAUUGACAUGCGUGAAGAAUCAGAAGUUGGAAUAAAUUCUGAUGCUGUAGCAACUGUUGGUUCUGAAAGUGGUCCAAGAAGGGUUCAUCCUAGAUACUCGAAGACUUCUGCUUGCAGGGAUGAAGAAUCCGUGGUGAUCAUGGUAGAACCUCGUGGUACAAGGUCUUCUUCUAAACCAAGUUUUUUGGGUGUGAAAGGUAGUGAUACGAAUGUGGAUGCUGGUGCUGUCAAUGAUGGUAAUAGUGAUGAAUGCCGGCUUUGUGGAAUGGACGGGACUUUGCUCUGCUGUGAUGGGUGCCCAUCAGCUUACCAUUCCAGAUGUAUAGGUGUGACCAAAAUGUUUAUACCAGAAGGGGCCUGGUAUUGUCCCGAGUGCAUAAUUGAUAAGACUGGGCCUACACUUGGAAGGGGUACAUCUCUGAGAGGAGCAGAAGUUUUUGGCGUUGAUUCAUAUGGGCAAGUGUUUUUGGGAACAUGCAAUCAUUUACUGGUGCUAAGGGUAUCAAUCAAAUCGGAACCAUGUCUUAGAUACUACAAUACGAAGGACAUUCCAAAAGUACUGCAAGCACUGCAUUCAUCUCUGCAUCACAUUCUGGUGUACUCCGAGAUUUGCAGGGGAGUUUCACAGUAUUGGGGUAUCCAGAAUGACAUUUUACCUCGACUUGAAACAAUCAAAAUGUUUGAACAAUCAGCAACCAUUCAGAAUGAUGUUGAGCACUGUAAUGCGUUAUUUACUCUGUCGAGUAAGGGAAGUCAUGAAAUAUUAGAUCCAGCUGAGGUUGAGAACUUACCAAGUUGCAAGACAGAUAAUAGAGUGAGAGAUGUGGUAGUUCAAUCUCUAGAGUCGCAUGAAGUGCUGGGGUUUAACAAGAGUUCAUUGGACACAAUUACCCAACCUAAACAUCCUAGUCAGCAGAGGAGUGGCGACAUUUUAGCAAAACAGGUUUGCCUCCUUAAGAAUACAGAGGUAUCAGAGCAGUCUAAAGUGGAUCGUACCAUGUAUUCUGGAUCAGUUAUGCAGCAGGCUGAUUCAUCUGACUUAACUCAUCAAAGCUUAAGUGGGAAACCAAGUUUUAUUGACUCUGGUACAUGUACCUCGGGAAAUAGCAAUGGCAGUUACGGAGGACAGGUGAGUGGUAUACAUGUUGCAGUGAACAAUACAAACUCUCAAACCGGUGGUGGGCGAGUUUCUGGACGAGGAUACAAGAAUUCUUCUGAUGACUAUUCGUACAUGGGGUCUCAUUUUAAACCCCAGGCAUAUGUAAAUAACUAUACCCAUGGAGAUUUUGCUGCUUCUGCAGCUGCCAAUCUGGCUAUUCUUUUGCCUGAAGAAAAUCAGGUCUCCGAGUCUCAGGCUUCAGACAAACGGAAGAAAGUUGUGGCUGCUAACAAUUUGUUGCAAGUAAAAGCUUUCUCAUCAGCUGCUAUACGUUUUUUCUGGCCUAAUUGUGAAAAGAAGCUUGUGGAAGUCCCAAGAGAAAGGUGUGGUUGGUGCCUUUCUUGCAAGGCUGCUGUUUCAUGCAAGAAAGGAUGCUUGUUGAAUGCGGCUGUCUCCAAUGCCAUUAAAGGUGCUAUGAAGAUUAUUGCUGGUCUUCGUACUUUAAAGAAUGGAGAGGGUAGCCUUCCUGGCAUUGCAACAUAUGUUAUAUUCAUGGAGGAGAGUUUAUGUGGUCUGACAGUUGGUCUCUUCAGGAGUGCUACAUACCGAAAACAAUGGCGUAAACAAGUAGAAAAGGCUACGACUUGCAGUGAAGUUAAGGUUCUCUUGCUUGAGCUUGAGGAAAACAUCCGUGCUGUUGCUGUUUCUGGUGACUGGUAUAAGCUUGUGGAUGAUUGGUCCAAUGAAUCUUCUGUGACCCAGAGUGCUACAUUUGCCGGUGGAUCUUCUCAGAAACGUGGACCAAGUCGGAGGCGGGGUAGAAAACGAUUUGCUGCUCUAUCCGAAUUCACAUCUGAUGAUUGCCUAGACGACUCGAGUGAUGUCAACUGGUGGCGAGGAGGGAUGCUGUCAAAGCUAAUAUUGCAGAAGGGGCUUUUGCCAUGUUCACUGGUUAAGAAAGCAGCUCGCCAAGGUGGUUAUAGAAAGAUUCCUGGUGUUCAUUAUUCCGAAGGUUCUGAGGUUCCCAAAAGAAGCAGACAGCAUGUUUGGAGAGCUGCAGUUGAAAUGAGUAAGAAUGCAGCACAGCUUGCGUUUCAGGUAAGGUACCUAGACCUUCACGUGAGGUGGAGCGAUCUUGUUUGUCCUGAGCAGAACCUUCAAGAGGGAAAAGGUCCAGAGACAGAAGCUUCUGCUUUUAGAAAUGCUUUUGUGCGAGAUAAGAAAAACGUGGGUGACAAGAUUAUGUAUGGAGUUGUUUUUGAGAAGCAAAAGCACCUCCCUUCCCGUGUCAUGAAGAAUCUGAUAGAGUUAGAUCAAAGUCAAGAAGGAAUAGAAAAAUACUGGUUUUCUGAGGUUCAUAUCCCUUUGUACUUGAUCAAAGAGUACGAAGAAAAGUUGGAGAAGAAGGAUGUGCCAUUUGCUGACAAGAUUGUGAAUGCGGUGUCCAAGUUGAAAAAAAGGCAGCUAAAAGCUUCACGUAAGGAUAUAUUCUCCUACCUUGCAUGUAAGAGAGAGAAUCUGGGCAAGUGCUGUUGUGCUUCAUGUCACUUAGAUGUCUUAUUUGGGAAUUCUGUCAAUUGCAGUUCAUGCCAAGGUUUUUGUCAUGAGCAGUGUACCAUCAGUUCAACAAUUCACGAGAAUGGUGGAGUUAAGUUAUUAAUGACCUGCAAACAGUGCGACCAUGCCAAAACUCUCCCUCAAACUAAAAAGGCUAAUGAAUCGCCAACUAGCCCAUUGCUUUUGCUAGGGCAAGAAUCUCAGAAUGCAGUUACAGUGGGUAAAGGUGCCAAGCGAAAAAGCUUUAAUCAACCAGUAACACCACCAGUUCCAGAGGUUGGACUUUUAGCAAGUUCUUUGGAGAUGAAAUCAGCCACACCUGAUUCUAGUUCGGCGCAAAAAAAUCAAAGGAAGUUAUGUUCAUGGGGUCUGAUUUGGAAAAAGAAUAAAAGUGAGGAUGGUACUAAAUUCAGAUUGGAAGAAGACAUUAUUUUGCGGGGCAAUAAACAUAUGACCUGGUCAGGACCUGUUUGCCACCUGUGCAAUAAGCCUUAUAACUCAGAUCUCACCUAUAUUCGCUGUGAAACAUGCAAAAAUUGGUAUCAUGCUGAAGCGGUUGAACUUGAUGAGUCGAAAAUUAGUGAAUUGAUGGGAUUCAAAUGUUGUAGAUGUCGUAGGAUAAGAACACCUCUGUGCCCUUACAUGGAUCCGGAAAACAAAAAAAAAUUAGAGGCCAAGAGGCCACGCACAAGGGCAGCUCCAAAGGCAAUGAAUUCUGGAUUGGAGUCCGAUUCUGGGAAUAUUUCUGAGCCCCCUACUGAGUUGGAAUCUAACCCUAAAAUAAUGCCCAAAGCUGAGAAAGUUGGGCAUGUGCAGAAGGAGGAUCCGCGUUUUUUUCCAGGUUGGAAAGUUGAGCAAUUUACAGAACGGAAUAAACACAGUGAUGUGGAAUGGAGUAUUGUCAAGGCUACUGCUUCUGAAACUGGAACUCAGAAACUCACAUUCCGAAGGCUUAUAAAGAAUGGGCACAAUGUAGAUGGAACCACAGCAAAUAAUUCUCAGACUGAGUUUUCUUACCCUAAAAUGUUGCCAAAAACUGAGGAAGUCGUGAACACAGGAAAGGGAGAUCCUCGUCUUUUAUCUCCUUCAAAGGUAGAGCAAUUUUCAGAAAACAAUUCGGAGAUGGAUUUGGAAUGGAAUACUGCUACAGCUACUGCUUCUGGAACUGGGCCUCAGAAACUACCAGUUAGAAGGCAUAUUAAGACUGAAAACAAUAUAGAAGUUGUGUCUCGGGUUGAGUUAUCCAUGCCCAUUGAACAAAAUCUCCCGAACUCUAAAGAGGAAUCAUUCUCUCCCAAUGUAGAGUGGGAUCUUUCUGAAAAUGGAUUUGAAGAUGGUACAUUUGUUGAUUACGAAGGUCUAAACCAUGAAGAUGUAGAAUUUGAACCCCAGACCUACUUCUCUUUUACAGAGCUGCUGGUAGCUGAUGAUGGUGGCCGGUUAGAUGAAGUUGAUGCAUCUGGGUUUGUAAUGGGGGGUUGGGAAAAUUCAUCUGAAAUUUCAAGGGAUGGAUAUCUUGAGCAGUGUGGAACGGGUACUACUGAUUCAGCACCUUGUCACAAGUGUUCGCGCAAAGAUCCAUGUCCUGAUCUUUCUUGUGAAAUUUGUGGGUUAUCCAUGCAUACUGAUUGUGUACCCGGGGUUGAGCAGUCAUCUUGGGAGGGCAAUUGGAGGUGUGUCAAUUGCCGGGAGUGGCAGUAGUUGAUCACUUUAUUUGGGUUUCGGAUCUUUUUGUCUAUCUUUAACCGUGAGUUGCCAAAUGGACCAUAGGCUUGUAGUUGGAAACUGUUAAUCAACACCGGAGGUUUGGAAUAAUCAGAUGUAAUGGUGAUUUCGGAUUCGGUGGACUAGCCAUGGGCCUGCAGCGAACUUCCUGAGCUGGAGUGCUUUGUACAUGUACCAAAUUUGUUCUCCGGUGAUAAGACAGUGCUGCUUCAUGGCAAGUUCCUCUCAUCUGAUACAAUUCUGUUUCUGACAAAUGCGAAUUUUUUGGAGAUUGGCUUUCCAAUCAUAGUUUUGGUUAGAUUCCCAUUAGAAGCUACAAAUGUUACACAGCUCACUUCUGAUAGUUGCUCCCCCUAGUGAUAUUAGGAAUCUCAAUAUGAGAAGAUAAGCAGGUUUUUUGGGUGCUUAUCUAAUUAUUUUCCCGUGUAAAUCAGAACUACCGCUUAUUUUAUUUACAAUAUUUGUUAGGACUUU